GAGCGUCAUUGACUUCGCGUUGCAAGCUGUGCGUGCCCGUUGAAGUUUGUCCCUCCGUGGAGCCUGUAGAAACCCUUGCUAUAGUGUUAGCGGCGUUUGUGAAGGUCGUCAUUUGGAACUGCGAUCCGUCAUGUCUCUGGCUAAGCCAAUGAUGAGAGGCCUGCUGGCGAAGCGGCUCAGGUUUCACCUGCCGAUUGCGUUUGGUUUGGCGUUUGUGGCUGCGGUAGCCUUCAAGUACACAGUGACAGAACCCCGGAAACGAGCCUACGCCGACUUCUACAAGCAGUACGACGCGGUCAAAGAGUUCAACGCCAUGCGGGAAGCAGGCGUCUUCCAGAGUGUUCGACCCUCUGGAGAGUGAACUCCUUCCUGUUGGUCUGAAGAUGGUUUCCUUUCUCCUCGUUUCAUGUUUCACUGAUCAGAUGUGAACAUCAACACGCCGUUUGUUCCUCUAAAUAAAAUACACAAGAAAUGGA